GAAUACCAUAAUGGAUAUUGUAUGAGCUCGUGCAAGCUUUUCUGAAAUAACGCGACGUCAAAAACCUAAAAAAACGCAAUCAUGCCCGGGAAGAAGAAGAAGUUUAUAGACAAGAAGAAUGCAGUGACAUUCAGUUUAGUUCAUAGAAGUCAACGGGACCCUCUUCAAGCUGAUGAUGAGAGUUCCAAGUUUGUUUUGCAUCAAGUUGAUACUCCUAAACAGGGUAAGCAAGACCAUUUUGAAGAACAACAUAAGUUUGGGAUCUACUAUGAAGAUGAUUAUAAUUAUAUGCAGCAUCUUCGUGAACCAAACGCUCAGGAUCUUUCAUGGGAGCUUAGUCAGCAUCCAGCAACGUCAUCUAAACCAAAGAAGAAUGUUCAUUUUGAAGUGGAAGACCUAUCUGAUAAACCCAAGCUUCAACUCCCAGCUGCUGUGUUUCAAUCUGAGCAAGAAGAAGACAUAGGACUCCUCAAUAGAGCAGCACCAAUCUCUGGUCCAAGACUUGAUCUAGACCCUGAUAUCGUUGCUGCCAUGGACGAGGACUUCGAUUUUGAUGAUCCUGACAAUGAACUCGAUGAUGACUUUAUGAUGAUAGCACAGGGUAACAAACCAGUUACAGGAUCUGAAGAUGAGUACAGUGAUGAUGAUGAUGAAGAGGAUGAAGACGAGGAGAGCGGAGAGGACUAUGACAGCGAUGAUCUUGAUGAUGACAUGGACCAACGAUCUUUUGCGUCGGAAGAAACUAAAUCCAGAUUCACCAACUACUCACUCACAUCCUCAGUUAUCAAGAGAAACGAAGGAUUGACUCUGCUUGAUGACAGAUUUGAGAAGAUCUAUGAGGAGUAUGACGAUAUGGAGAUAGGAGCCUUGGAUCAGGAUGAGAUAGACGGUCACAUGCAAGAAGAAAGUCUGGUUCUACAACAAGCUAUGAAAGCUUUUGAAGAAGACACUAAAUUCAGAUCAAUGAAUGAAAUGGAGACACCAAAGAACGAGCACCACAAGGAAUGUGAUGAAGAGGAAGAGGAGGACGAAGAGAAAGAAGAGAAAAUCAAUCUGUACAUUGAGGAGAAGAAAGAAGAAUGGGAUUGUGAAUCAAUAUUAAGUACAUACUCAACUCUCUACAAUCAUCCGACCACUAUCAAAGAACCACUCAAAGAAAAGAAGAAAAGACAACAGGAAAGCAAUUUGGAUGAGAAAAAUCAAAUCAAGUUAUCUCAGAAAUCAGGUAUGCCCCUUCAUGUACUUCCCUCGCACGGCCCGACAAAGAAACAGCUUGAGAGGGAAGAAUUUGAAGAAAACCGUCUACCCGUUGUGACGACGAGCAGAGUGAAAGGAGUAAAGGAAUCUGCGGAGGAAAAGAAAGAAAGAAAACAAGCUGUAAAACUAGCGAGAAAGGAAAGGAGGGUAGAGAAGAAAGCCAACCAGCAAGUCUUCAAGGAUGAGGAGAAACGUCAGAAUAAAGCCAUUCAGAACCUUAAUCAGAAUAUGCAAGGAAUCAAGAUCUUAUAGCGUCAACUCUUAUAGCCGAACAGUCAAGGAUGUAGACCUUGUACUCUGCAACAAGGUGAACUGUCACUGGGGAUCAUGAUCAUAAUACAAUGAUGGUACGCAUCCGCUUCAGUGAGAACAUGCAAGGAAUCAAGAUCUUCAUCAACUCCUAUAGCCGAACAGUCAAGGAGGAAGGAUGUAUACCAUGUACUCUGCAACAAGGUGAACUGUCACUGGGGAUCAUGAUCAUAAUACAAUGAUGGUACGCAUCCGCUUCAGUGAGAACAUGCAAGGAAUCAAGAUCUUCAUCAACUCCUAUAGCCAAACAGUCAAGGAUGUAGACCAUGUACUCUGCAACAAGGUGAACUGUCACUGGGGAUCGUGAUCAUAAUACAAUAAUGGUACGCAUCCACUUCAGUUAGAACAUGCAAGGAAUCAAGGUCUUAUGACAUUAACUCCACAGAAAAACAGCCACCCAUGUAGACCUUGUCUUCGGCAAUAAGGUAAACUGUACCUAGAGAUUGUGAUCAAAAUACAACGAUGGUUUGUGUGUCUGCUUGCAAUAGAACAUGCAAGGAAACAAGAUCUUCUAUCAUCAGUUCCUGCCGCAGAACUGUCGGGUGUUGUGGCCUUACUAGAUUUGACCAUCAUGGAGGAUUGAAAGAAAGGAAAAAGAGCCAUGCAGUAUAUCAGAUACCAGGGUCCCAUCGUACAAAGAGUUGUGAUUGAUCUGGGGAGUGUUUCAUCAACAUUUUCAUCCGACAAGUUGUCAGAUCUGACAUCUUUCUCCGAUGUUGAUUGGCUGAGAGGUACUGUUACUAUGGUAACUGUCGGAUAAAAUGGGACUUGUCGGAUAAAACGUCCGACAAGUCCUUUCAUGAAACGCUCCCCUGAUCGACCUCAACUAUAUGGAAAUCCACAAUUGUCAUAAUUUUUCAUACAGGAAAUUUGCACAACAUCCGUUGUUUACAAUAAAGAGAACAUACUGAAUUGUCAAGUAAACUAUGAAUGCACGAGUAUACAUCAUAUCUAGAAACAUUUUUGAACAAAUAUUGCCGUUGCUGGCUUUCCAUAGUCGAUGUUGAUGGGGUCAGUCGUGACUCUUUGUAAGAUGGGUAUCCUUGUUGUCGGAGCUGUAUUGUUGGAAUCAUAAGAUGAGUUGAUUUCAUGCAGUUGAUGUAAUCAAUAUGAUUGAUAAAUUGCACAUCCUGUAGGUCCUAUGCAAGCCAUACACUGGCUGCUGCCAACGUUUACUGUCAUGAGAAGCUUACCUUUCCAACUAUACAAUAUAUUAAGGGUAAAAGAAAGUAGUUGCAGCAAACAAUUAUUUUAUGAGAAAGUCUUUAAAAUCAAGGUUAAUUGCUACCAUAUUGUUAUAGAUCUAGAUCUGGUACAUUGAAAUAAACUUAUCUUUGUGAAAUCAUGUAAUCUUUAAUAGCUGACAACCGAUAAUUCUGAUGAUCACUAACACAAAAAGGCAUAUGUGGUACCGUUAAUAUGUAUUAAUAUUGCUUAGAAAAAUACCUGACAUUUUAUGGAAUUCCAUGCUUAUUUUGCUCAUUUCUCAGCAAUUGCACAUUUUUUCCCAGAGCCAUUUGGCAGAUAUUUUUUAUUCAUACAUACAAACACAUGGGUGGUCAUUUUAUUGGAUUCUGUUCGAAUUCAUUUUGAAAUCGUUACCACAACUGAAAUUUUUUGUUAAUAAAGAUCUUACAUAACUUGACAAAGCUUAUAAAGUGGCAUCAGGUAGAUGACUCACAAAGAUUUACUUAUACCAUCAAAUCUUGCUUAAAUUCUCAGUUGUAGUGUUGAAUAUAAAAUAUAUAACCUUUAUCAUGUUCUGGGUACGAAUGCUACCCCUUAUUCGUCAAUGAGGUUAUUGAAAACUGCACUGAGUGGCAAAGCAUGAAUGAGAAUCAUACUUAGCUCAUUGUGUUCAAACCAGUCAUGGGGUUUUAGAGUCUGGUUGGUAGUAGAAGCCCUAGGCUGGAUCAUUCAUCAUUCUUUGUGAACUUAUUUAUGUUUAUCAAGGAAAUGUGUAGGUGAAGAAACAAAGUAAUUGCAAUCCCUUUGAAAUAAAAAAAUAGAAUUGGGACUCUAUGGCAAAUACUACCUGUGGAUCAAUGAGACACAGUAUAUAGUCUGCAGGCACAGACCUUUGUUUAUUGCAUUUCGCUUAGUGCAUAAUGCAGAGUCUGAAUUAGGGAGACUAGAGUCACUGGGUGAUUUUAAGUUCAGUGUUGACCUAUUGGUGUUGGUGUUAGGUCAAUUUUUACAUGAGUAUAACUGUUAACACCAAACAUAAAAUGAAGAUAGUCCUGGAAAGUCACUCACUAAUUUGUGAGAUGUCAAUAAUGUGAUCUGGAUCAGUUUUACAAACUCAGAAUAGGUUUUGGAGCUAGGGGAAACAAUCCAAAUUCCAACACCAACACCGGACUUGAAAUCACCAACUAUGAACUGUGGCUGCCUAUACACAGGCAGAUAGGUUAGUCUUCACUCUAGACAUGGUAUAAUUGGUCAAAGUGUCAAAUGUGAGUCUGUGCUUGCAGACUAUACAUCAUACAUGUAAUUUCAACUGAACUGGGCUCUUUCCAAAAAUAAUAAAAUUUUCUUUCUUGCCUUUAAUGAUAUACAUUUUUUUUCAAAUCAGCAGUCAUUUUCAUGCUUAUCUCAAUGAAGUUUCUAAAUAUUAGAACUGUACAAUGUAUGCAUAAAGGAGAUAAUUAAUUGAUAUUUAAUGGAAAACAAAACAUGUGAUCUUUAUAGACAGGAUGUCAUCAAAUUAUGUUUGAAUCUAACUAUAUCAUAUUAUGUUUCUUAGUCACCUGCUUAUCAUGAAAAUAUACCAGGGGGGUGAUUCAUAAAGCUGUUUGUAAGUUAAGAGCGACUUUAUAACGACUGGUGAUCCUUUCUUACACGCUAAACCAACGCCGAUGAACGUUUUGGUGUAUACCAUUUACCACAAGAAAGGAUUAUUAAGCCGUUCUUAAAGUCGCUCUUUUUUUUACAAUGUACACAAAUACAUAUAUUGUAAUUAUGUAGAAUAUAAAUGCAAUUCUUAUACAUUAAAGUAUAACAUGU